AUGAGAAACAUUAAAGAAGCACAGUUCUUGAGGCGGAUCAAAUUCGAUCUAAGCCAGAGGGAUACCAACUUAUGGUGUGAAUACCAUGAAACUCAUGGUCACAGAACUGGGGACUGCCGACAUCUACGUGAGGUGGUGGCAACAUUACUAAAGAACGGCCAUCUCAGGGAGUUCUUAAGCGAUUGGGCCAAGAACAAUUACAGUCGCAACCGAGACAACGCAGAACCCUCAAAGAUAGGGGCAGACCCUCCUCGACUAACUAUCAGCAUGAUUUUCGGGGGGAAUGAGAUCAAUAGUGUAACUUUCUCAGUAGCCAAGAAGACAAAGGUGUCAGUGACUCAUAUCAAGAGAUUCUGGGAAGUCUCCAAAGACGACAUCACCUUCAAAGAAGAAGACGCCGAUGGAUUUCUUCUGCAGCACCACGAUGCCGUAGUAAUUUCUCUUAACAUUAUAGAUUUCAAGAUUAAACAUGUUUUGGUUGACCUAGGAAGUUCAGCCAAUAUCAAUAAAUGGAGAGUGCUGGAACUAGCCAAACUAACCGGAAGCAUCAUUCCGGCAACAAAGCUCCUCGCCAGGUUCAAUUUAGCGAGUGUGACAACCCGAGGGGAGAUCUUGCUGCCCACGAAUGCUGAAGGGGUCACGAAGACCACCUUAUUUGAUGUGGUGGACGACGACAUGGGUUAUAAUAUAAUUCUCGGUAGACCAUGGUUACAUGAGAUGAAGGCCGUACUAUCAACAUAUCACCAACUACUGAAAUUCCUGACUAUAGAGGGAAUCAAACAAAUAAUAGGAGAUCAAUUGUCAAUAAGAGAAAUGAACGCGGUAUUGAUUUCUAGCAGUAAAGGGAAGAACUCAACACAUAGAAAUUACAGGAACCGACGCAUACUCCCGAACCAAGUAAAGAUGACAAAUGGGAGGAGUCGUCGGAAUCCCACCAGGUACCAAGAUAUUUUUAGGUACCAUAAGAGACAGAUGCGACCAAGUCCACUGCAGAAAAACUCGAACAAGUGGCUUUGUUCGAAAAAUUCUUGGAGAGAAAAUUUCACUUGGGGAAAGGACUCAACCCCGAGCUCAGGUCUAGAUUGA